UAGAGAGGAAGCACGAGAAGGCAUAGAAGAGGGAAAACAGUUGGAAUGUUACACAAGAGCACUGUAGUGUAGGUUUCAGAUAAGAAGCUGAGCUCUGACAGGCAGGUUAUUAAGAGAGCACGAGGACAGAAAGAAUUUCAGAGAGAUCAGGACACUGAGUAGGGAGGGACGUCUUCUGGAUUCACAGGCUGCAGAGACCUUGGCUGGAAACACAAAGACUUCAAGAGGAGAAAGGAGAAAAGAGAGAGAGAGAGCCAACAGGAAGACAAAUGAAAGAGUGAUCAGGGCUCACAUGCUGUGAUUGUGGUUCCUGAUAACCAAGAUUUCCUAUAGGCACCGGAAUCGAAGGUGUUACCGGUUGAGCGCGAGCCAAUAAGUCUGUGACAAAGGCAUCACAAACAGCUGAGAGAGGGAGAGAGAGAGAGACAGAGAGAGAGGAGCUCUCUGCAGGAGAGGAACCACUGCACUGGUGUUGCUCAAGUGCUUCUGGAAAUUCCCCUUUUUCUUUAUUCUCCUCAAGUGAACUCCAGUCAUGUCCGAGGAAAAAGAGUUGUCGUUCACAGAGGUCAUAGAGAAGGCCAGCGCCUCCAUCACUCGCUUCCCUCUCAUCAGGGUGAGAGGAGUCCCUCUCAUGUGCUACAUCGCCAACAACUUUGACUCAGUGUGGGAGUUCAGCCCUGACCCUUCAGACAUCCUCAUCGCCACCUACCCCAAAGCAGGGACCACAUGGACUCAGGAGAUCGUGGACCUACUUCGUCACAACGGGGAUGCAGAGGCCUGCAAACAAGCGCCCACACCUGUCCGUAGUCCUUUCCUGGAGAUCAGCUCCCCACCUCCCAUCCCCUCAGGUCUUGACCUUCUGAACAAAACCGAUCCCCCAAGAAUCAUCAAGACACAUCUUCCUUUUCAGAUGGUGCCUCUUGGAUUUUGGGAAAAGAAGUGCAAAACGAUCUACGUGGCACGCAAUCCCAAAGACAACCUGGUCAGCUACUACUACUUUGACCAAAUGAAUAUGACCCAGCCUGAGCCCGGGCCCUGGGAGGGCUACAUCCACAAGUUCAUGGGAGGAGAGUUGUCGUGGGGCUCGUGGUACGACCAUGUGAAAGGUUACUGGCUGGAGAGAGAGAAGCACAAUAUUCUUUACCUCUUCUACGAGGACAUGAAAGAGAAUCCGCGGCGUGAGGUGGAGCGCAUCAUGAGGUACCUGGACCUGGACCUGUCUGAUGAGGUCCUCAGCAGGAUUGUGGAGCUCACGUCUUUCAAGAACAUGAAGGAGAACCCGAUGGCCAACUACUCGUGCGUGCCAGCACCAGUGUUUGACCUGUCUGUCUCUGCCUUCAUGAGAAAAGGUGAAGUGGGUGACUGGACCAACCAUUUCACACCGGAGCAAACCAAGAUGUUCGAUGACGACUACGAGAAGCAAAUGAGGGACGUCGACAUACCAUUCAGGAGCCUCAUCUAAAGAAGUCAUGCUUCUAUAUAUACAUACAUAACAUAUAUAUAUAUGUAUACAUGUGUAUAUAAGCUGAUGCAGCUCUGCAAACCAGACACUGUGCAGCUCUCAGAGGAGACGAACCAAUAUGAUGAGGAAAUCAAAAGAUAAAUAAAGAUAUAUGAAUGUCAGAAGCUCAUGAUGUGCAGAUGAACAAAGAUGUGCUCCGAAGUCCAAGUGCACGAGUUUGUAAUCAUCACUUUAUUUGCAACUUAUCGCGUAAACAAUAUAUAAGACCAAAAGUGUUGUGACUGAGUGGACAUGCCCAUUUAAUGUCACGAGACCCCCCAAGCGUCCAUUCACUGACUGCAUGAAGCCUCUAGAGAGCGCUGGCAGCUGGAGGCAUGUGGCUUCUUCUUCUCUUUUUCUUUUUUUGUCUGAAGUCAUUGUGUGAGCCUACACCACGCUGUACAGAGUCCAGCCUAAA